CAGGGCGAAAAAAAGAAAGAAAGAAAAAAAACAAACGCGAACCGACUGCGAGUAGUAAGUAAGGCUAAGCAUCCGUCUCCCCCCUUCUCGAUUGUUCUCGAUCUGCGGCGGCGGCGGCGGCGAUGGCCGACGGCGGGAAGCCCCCGACGCCGGAGAAGAAGUCGUGGGCCGACGUAGAGGAGGAGGAGGAGGCCAAGGCGAAGGCGGCCGCGGCGGCGGAGGCGGCCUCCUCGUCUUCGUCGAACGAGCCGGCGGUGGACGCGCAGGCGAAGCAGAUUGAGGCGCUGUCUCUCUCCGUGCCGGAGGAGCAUGGCGGCAGCGGCGGCGGCGGGGACGACCAGGGCCCGCCUCUCCUCGACGACUCGGAUGAGUCCCAAAUCCAAGCCGUGACCUCGGGCGGCACGGUGUACGAGUCGGCGGCGGCCUUCGAGGAUCUGAAGCUGACGCCGGAGCUGCUCAAGGGGCUCCACGACGAGAUGGGGUUCAGCCGGCCGAGUAAGAUCCAGGCGGUGACCCUCCCCAUGAUCCUCACGCCGCCAUACAAGGACCUGAUCGCGCAGGCGCACAACGGCUCCGGGAAGACCACCUGCUUCGUCCUCGGCAUGCUCAGCCGCGUCGACCCUAACCGGAAGGUCACGCAGGCCAUCUGCAUCUGCCCCACCAGGGAGCUUGCCCAGCAGAAUAAAUCGGUGCUUAUGAGAAUGGGGAAGUUUACUGGCAUUACCUGUGCAUGUGCGAUCCCACCGGCUCAGAAAGAUUAUGUGCCGAUCGCUAAAAUGCCAAAGAUUACUGACCAGGUGGUGAUCGGCACUUCUGGGACACUUAUGAAGUGGAUUAAUCAUAAGAAGAUCUUGACAAAUGAUAUCAAGAUACUUGUGUUUGAUGAGGCAGACCAUAUGCUUGCCGAGGAUGGCUUCAGGAGUGAUUCUGAAAGGAUUAUGAGGGAUAUACAAAGAAGCGCUGGUGGCUGUCAGGUGCUUCUCUUUUCUGCGACAUUCAAUGAGAGAGUUAAAGAUUUUGUUACAAGGGUCAUUAAGGAUGGGAAUCAAAUAUUUGUGAAGAAGGAAGAGCUUACUUUGGAAAAAGUCAAGCAAUAUAAAGUUCAAGUCCCUGAUGAAAGGGCAAAAAUAGCAGUCAUAAAGGACAAGAUUUUUGAGUUUGGACAAAAAGUUGGACAGGUUAUCAUUUUUGUUAGAACAAAGCAAAGUACUAAGGAUGUCCACAAUGCUUUGACAUUAGAGGACUAUGUAUGCUCCUCGAUUCAAGGAUCCCUUGACCAAUCAGAGAGGGAAAAGAUAAUACAGGAAUUCAAAAAUGGGUACACCAAGGUUCUUAUAUCAACUGAUGUUCUUGCUCGAGGUUUCGACCAAGCACAGGUUAACCUCGUCAUCAAUUAUGACAUGCCAAUCAAGUUUGGCACAAGAGAUGAACCUGAUUAUGAAGUGUACCUGCACAGAAUUGGCAGAGCUGGUCGCUUUGGCCGAAAAGGAGCUGUUUUCAACUUGCUAUGCGGCGAAACAGAUAACACUGUGAUGAGAAAGAUUGAGACCUACUUCCAGCACAAUGUUCCUGAGGUUCGUAAUUGGCAAAGCGAGGAAGAUUUUGAAAGAGCUCUGAAGGAUGCCGGCUUGGUUGAGUAACACCAUUGGAAAUAUGGCAUCAGAUGCGCUCUUCACUUGUGACGAACAGGCGCGUGAUAUUUACCAGCUGAAACAGCUUCUAAAGCAAAGCAAUCGAGCUUCUUGAGCUCAUCCUUGGUUAUUAUGUCGAGAGCUGUGAAUUCUGUUAAAGGGACUCAUCCAAACAAUUUUGAUGCUAUGAGCUUAUAUGAAGCAAAGGUGUUCCUUCGCUAUUUCGUGGGAACUUGUUGCCAGGACUAGAUCUACACUUGCAUUAUACUCUGUUACUUCGUGUACUUAACUGGGAACCUGUUUUGGUUUUUAUGGCUUUGUCGUCGAGAUGCGGUCACCGGUGUACGUUACGCCCUUGUGAAAAAACUGGAAACCUCUUUCUGGGUCAGUGUACUUGUACACUUGCGCCAUUGUUUAGUUGCAUGUACGAUGUUUCUUUCUGCGUCAGCUGUAAGUGUACACUUGAUUUAUUGUUUAGUUCCAUGUACCAUGUUCUUUUUCC